AUGCGGUUCCCUCUGAAUACAACAACAACAACAAGAGAUUAUGGAGGACAACCAAUGGAGGAAGCAAGUAUCGAGGCGUCCCCAGAGGGUGAUGAAAACACACAGUCAACAGAUGGAAGUGAAACAGAUGCGACUGAUGAAUUGGAAAUCUCACUCCUACCACAAUCCCCGGUCCUUAAUGAUGACAAUGCUGUCGCUUAUGUCACACCAGAGAAUGCUGAGAAGGAGCCAGAAUCCCCCGCGGAGAAGGAGCCUGAAUCCCCCGCGGAGAAGGAGCCAGAGCCCACAGAGGACAACGUCUGA